UCCAAGCUCCAUUUGCUCCUUACAGAGAGUAUCCAUUUCCAGAGCUCACUCUCAAGCAGCAGUAGAAAGGAAGAAGAAGAAGACGGUCCGACCCGACCCGACUGAAAAUGGGCGGAGGAAUGGAAACAAAUAAGAACCGUUGGAUCGAAGAUUGGUCAACGGCCAGAGAGAAUCUGGAGUACAACUUCCGAUGGACCCGCCGGAACCUGGCUCUCGUCGGCAUCUUCGGCGUCGCCAUCCCGGUCUUAAUCUACAAGGGCAUCGUCCGUGAAUUCCAUAUGCAAGAUGAGGAUGCAGGGAGGCCAUACAGGAAGUUCUUAUGAGUAUUUUCAAGCUUCUGUAAUAAUGGUGGCUGAAGUAAAUCUAGGUUUUUCUUCAGGACAUGAAACGGUGUGGUUUUCUCAAUCUGCGUUUUCUCAUAUUUCACUUUUCUUUGUAGAAGCUCUAGUUUGUGCCAAACAAGGGAUCGUGCUCCGUUGAAAUCAAUGUUGAUUGUAAUUGUGAUCCCAUAUCUUCAGCUGCAAACUUUCUAGUUCCUGGUUUCUAAAUCAUCAUGCACUUGCAUUUGAAAUUGACAGGCCACCAUUGGAAAUCAACGGCUCUUUGUCAGAUUUUAUUACCUGUUGAUAUCAUAAAUUGGCUAUCUUAUUGCAGAUU